GUGUCGUCGCCAGGCUUGCGAGGUUUUUCUGCAGACAAUAAAAACAUAACGUGGGUGUUUUGCUGCGGUCACGUUGUUAUUUUUUCCGAGGAGCACCUGAAGGCAGCAAACGUUGCUUUCAGGAAGGUGGCAAACGAAAGUGAACUUUUCCUGCUCGGCGACACUUUAACCGGAGAGCGAGCGACAACAAACACAGCGUCUGUACGAAGAGAGUCAGCUGUACAACCUGUAUCACCAUGGCGCAUCACAGAGCUCCAGACACCAAGAGGGAGCAGUUCCGCAGAUACCUGGAGAAAGCUGGUGUUGUUGACAGUCUCACCAGUGUACUCGUGGCUUUGUAUGAACAACCUGAAAGACCCAGCAAUGCUCUGGAAUUUGUGAAGCAGCAUCUUGGUGCAGCAGGCCAGACCUCAGCCAACACUGAGCCUCUGCAGCAGGAGGUGAUUGACCUGAGGCAGAGGUGUGCACGUCUGGCCGAGGAAAACAAAGACCUCAAAACAAAGCUGCAGCACUAUGAAGCUGCGUCAGAAGGUGGAGCCACAGCUGAAUAGACCACAGCAGAGAUUUGGUUUGAUUCACGUAUUUUGUUUGUUGAAAUACCUGCACUUUAGAUUUCAAGACAACACAAUACUUUAAUUGAGACAGCCAAUAUUUGUUUAAUGUAACCUUGCUGUUUCUACGUCUUAUUCUUUACAUGUACAGUACAUAUAUAAGCUGGUCUUCUUCUUUUAUUCUUUAGUAUAUAUGACUGGACAAAUCACUUCUUAAGACAUUACAUCAGUGUUUCACAGGCCUGAAAGGUUCCAUACAUAAUAUUUGGUGAAACUGCUGAUAGUAUUUAA